AACUGCUCCAGUGCCCCUUGUCCUUUUAUGUGUGCUGUACUGUCCUGGCCUCGCCAACGUCUUUGGGUGACACAGUAUUCCAAGACGCCCUCUAGCGGGCAAGAUUGUUGUAGCUGCGUAACACGGAAGUGACGACCAAGUCCAUGCUGUAGGGGUCCGUGAUAGUCCUGCCUGGAAAAGACCGUAAGUAAGAACACGUGCAGCCGCCAAAAGACACAACGUCUAGGAGGACAUGACAGCCCUAGAAGAUCAAGGCCGAACAUAAAAUAGGAAAGCAAACGCAUUUCUAUUAAACCAAAUGUCUGUGGAUUAGAUCCUGGGGGUAAUUUGUAGGAAAGGAACUCUGGACGUCUAAACCUGUGACACCGAUCUAAUUUAGUCAAGAUACGAAAGUUGACGGUGUCUGGCUAUCUGCCAUACGUUUGUACACACGGGACUAACUGCGAAGCUUGAACAGACUAACAUUGUUCAUUAUGGCGGACUACUUGAUCAGCGGUCAAACUGGGUAUGUCCCAGAAGAUGGACUCACUGGUAACCAACUCUUCAACUGCGGGGACGGCCUCACCUACAAUGACUUCCUGAUUCUGCCUGGGUACAUUGACUUUGCAUCAGACCAGGUGGACCUGACGUCAGCCCUGACCAAGCAAAUCACCAUGAAGACUCCCCUGGUUUCCUCUCCCAUGGACACGGUCACCGAGUCCAGCAUGGCCAUCGCGAUGGCACUAACAGGCGGUAUCGGGUUCAUUCACCACAACUGCACCCCAGAGUUCCAGGCCAACGAAGUACGCAAGGUCAAGAGGUACGAGCAGGGCUUCAUCACGGACCCGGUGGUGAUGAGCCCGUCUGAGCACGUGCGCGACGUGUUCCAGGCCAAGGCUCGCCACGGCUUUUGCGGCAUCCCCGUCACGGACAGCGGGCAGAUGGGCGGCCGCCUCGUCGGCAUCAUCUCCUCCCGAGACAUCGACUUCCUGAAGGGGGAGGAGCACGGCCUUCCCCUCAGCCAGGUAAUGACCAAGCUGGAAGAUCUAGUGGUGGCCCCGGCCGGAGUGACACUGAAAGAGGCCAAUGAGAUCCUGCAGAGGAGUAAGAAAGGUAAGCUACCCAUAGUGAACGAGGAGGGCUGCCUGGUGGCCAUCAUCGCGCGGACGGACCUGAAGAAGAACCGAGACUUCCCCCUGGCCUCCAAAGACUCCCGCAAACAGCUGCUCUGCGGCGCCGCCAUCGGGACGCACAACGACGACAAGUACCGCCUGGACCUGCUGGUGCAGAGCGGCGUGGACGUGGUGGUGCUGGACUCCUCUCAGGGGAACUCCAUCUACCAGAUCAACAUGAUCAAGUACCUCAAGGAAAAAUUCCCCCAGAUCCAGGUCAUCGGAGGCAACGUGGUCACUGCAGCGCAGGCGAAGAACCUGAUUGAUGCUGGCGUGGACGGCCUGAGGGUGGGCAUGGGCAGUGGCUCCAUCUGCAUCACUCAGGAAGUGUUGGCGUGCGGCCGGCCCCAGGCCACGGCUGUGUACAAGGUGUCGGAGUACGCGCGGCGGUUCGGCGUGCCCGUCAUCGCCGACGGCGGGAUUCAAACCGUGGGCCACAUUGCCAAGGCCCUGGCCCUUGGGGCCUCCACGGUGAUGAUGGGCUCCCUGCUGGCUGCCACGAGUGAGGCUCCCGGGGAGUACUUCUUCUCUGACGGCAUCCGGCUCAAGAAGUACCGAGGCAUGGGCUCUCUGGACGCCAUGGACAAGAACCUGGGCUCCCAGACACGAUACUUCAGUGAGUGUGACAAGAUCAAGGUGGCCCAGGGCGUGUCGGGGGCGGUGCAGGAUAAGGGCUCUAUCCAUAAGUUCAUCCCCUACCUGAUCGCUGGCAUUCAGCAUUCCUGCCAGGACAUCGGGGCCAAAAGCCUGACCCAGCUCAGGGCUAUGAUGUACUCUGGAGAUCUGAAGUUUGAGAAGAGAACAACGUCUGCCCAGAUGGAGGGAGGGGUCCACAGCUUGCACAGCUACGAGAAGCGCCUGUUUUAAGGAUGAGUUUUGGAGUGUUUCAGACCCGUAUGCAAAAUACACUGACGCACACAUGCACACACACACACACCACCUGUCUUCCUGCCUGUUGUUCCCAAUGCUGAGGAAGGGAGAGCAGAUCCUGUCAGUGCUUCAGUAUUGGAUGGUGUUCCGGAGUGUUCUCUGGUGCCUUCAGUGUCCUUGUGAGCUGGCACCGUGUCCUGACUUCAACCCAGAGGUGUUGACGGUUUCAAAUAAAACAGAUUUCUUUUCCACAAGC